UGAUUUCUCGGAGGAAAUAAAUUACAAAGCGUUGGAUAAUUUCAACAGAACUGACACUGGCGCAGUCAUCAGCCGAGCCAAACCCUCAAAAACGCCUGCCCCGCUCGUUUCGUCGAACACCUGUUGCGCGUCUCCUCCUUGCCGACGCGGCGACGCACUCCUCCGAUGCGCCGCUUCUGCCACGUCCCUCGGGGCCGGCGGGCGGCCGCGGCAUCUUACCACCACCAGCCGCUCCCGCCGCCGGAGUGGAUCGAGCCGUACCCGGACCUCGCGGACCCGAGCCCGUACGCCUCCGCCGCGUCCGCCCCGCCCACCCCGUCGCCGUGGCUGCCCCGCGUGAUCUCCCUCGUCCUCCGAUCCCCACCCGCCACCCUCGCCGCCGACCUCCGCGCCUUCUGCAAGACCUUCCUCCUCCGCCUCUCCCCGGCCUUCGUCGCCGCCGCGCUCCGCUCCCCGCAGCUCGCCACGCACCCGCUCCCGUCGCUCCAUUUCUUCCGGUCGCUGCCCAACAGCGCCGACCUCCUCGCCCACCCUCAGAACCUCCUCAGCUGCUACGUCUCGCUCCUCCACUCCUUUGCCCGCUCCAGGGACGCUGUCCCAGACGCUGUCGGCCAAGCGCGGCAGCUUGUCGCCGAGCUGCGCGAGCGCGGGGAUGCCGUUCUUCAGCACCUCACCCCGGCGUCGUCGGCGUCGCUGAUCCGUAGCCUCGCGGCACUCGGCCUCUCCGAUGAGCUGCUAUGGGCGUGGCAGGCCAUGCGCCUCGCCGGCGUCGAGCCGUCCAGGCUCACCUACAACUGCCUGCUGGAUGGCCUGGUUAACGCCGGCCUCCUUGACACUGCCAUCAACGUGUUCGACGCAAUGUCCACGGAGGAACGGGUGCGUCCUGACGUGGUUUCCUACAACAUUCUCAUCAAGGGGUACUGCCGCGCGGGGAGGACGCACGAUGCAAUGGCACGGCUUGCGGACAUGAGGGAACAGGCAGAGUUAGCGCCAGACAAGGUGACGUACCUUACUCUCAUGCAGCGCCAUUACAGUGAGGGCACAUUUCCGCAAUGCGUAGCACUGUUCCAAGAGAUGGAAGAGAGGGGAAUGGGGAAGGAAAUACCUCAGCAUGCUUAUGUGCUGGUGAUCGGAGCGCUCUGCAAGGAUGGGAAACCAUUCGAGGGGAUGGCAGUGUUUGAGAGGAUGCUGAAGAGAGGUUGCCCAGCCAAUGCAGCCAUGUACACUGCACUCAUUGAUUCGAUGGGUAAGUUUGGGAGGGAGAAAGAGGCAAUGACACUCUUUGAGGGGAUGAAGGCCAGUGGAAUUGAGCUUGAUGCGGUCACAUAUGGUGUGGUUGUUAAUUGCUUGUGCCGAUUUGGCAAUAUGGAUGAGGCACUUGCAUGCUUCAGGAGUUGUGUAGAGAAGGGUGUUGCAGUGAAUGCCAUUUUCUAUACAAGCCUAAUCGAUGGCUUUGGAAAAGCUGGGAUGGUCGACCAAGCACAGGAGCUCUUCGUGGAGAUGAUUGCUAAAGGUUUCGUGCCUGACUCAUACUGCUACAAUGUUCUGAUCGAUGCAUUAAUCAAAGCAGGUAGAAUAGACGAUGCUUGUGCUUUGUACAAGAGAAUGGAAGAUGAUGGGUGUGAUCAAACAGUCUACACAUAUACCAUACUCAUUGAUGGUUUGUUCAAGGAACACAAGAACGAGGAGGCUCUGAAGUUAUGGGACAGUAUGAUUGAUAAAGGAAUCACCCCCACAGCUGCAGCUUUCAGGGUCCUCGCCAGUGGACUCUGCCUUUCUGGCAAAUUCAGCCGGGCAUGCAGGAUAUUGGAUGAACUGGCUCCAAUGGGAGUGAUUCCUGAGACAGCCCAUGAGGAUAUGAUCAAUGUCCUGUGUAAGACUGGCAGGUUCAAGCAGGCCUGCAAAUUGGCAGAUGGAAUUGUGCAGAAGGGCCGUGAAAUACCCGGGAGGGUUCGAACAAUGAUGAUCAAUGCACUAAGGAAAGCAGGAAAUACUGAUCUGGCAGUUAAAUUGGUGCAUAGUAAGAUCGGCAUUGGGUAUGAAAGAUCUGGCAGCAUCAAAAGAAGAGUGAAAUUUCAGACCCUGUUUGAAUGAGUUGCGAUGGUGUUUCCUCUAAAGUGAGUAGACAAGCCCUGAGCUGCACUGAGGUGAACAUCUCGUGCCCCAGGGCCCAGGCUAUCUUUAUGAAGAAACCUCCCCUGCUUCAGGGCUUCUGUUGAAUCAUUUGGUAACUGCGAGGGCUAAAAAAAAGCUUCACCAGCUUUGAAUUGAUAAAUUAUGUCGCUACGAUUUUUAAUAUGCCUUUCUCUGAUUGCUUGAAGAACCAAACCAAGAUCAGAUUCUUCCAUGACACACAUGUACACUACAGCAUAUACAAGUUCUAGCACCAGAAUCUAAGUGAAGCAAUUACUUUGGUUUCAGCCAAAAGGAAAGGAAACUAAGUCGAUAAAUCUGAUUUGAUUGUCAUAGCAUCAAAGAUAGACAGUCAGAGGACAUUGAAUAUGUGAAGCAAUGAAGACCUACUACUGGUGCUGCUAGGAACUGUUUAAUCCGGUAGAACCCAAUUGCAAGUCACAGUUGCCCUGCUGGUGAUGACUGAUGAAAAGCUAAAGAUAAGCUUCGAUCCAGAUUUCAAUGAGGUAUAUCACUCCUUUGGGUAGUUCUUGUUUGAACCCUGCUGGUGAUGACUGAUGAAGAGAUUGAUAGAUUAGAGGUAGUUUUUGUUUGAACUCAAGUAAUACAAGACAAAAGAGGUAGUUUUUGUUUGAACCGAGUUCAUGUAUUUGUUGGAGCUUGCAUGGGAGAAGUAUACUCCCUCCGUCCCAAAAUAAACGCACAUCUCGCUUCUCGAUGAGUCAAUUCUCGAUGAGUCAAUAUGUUUGACUAAGAAUAUAGAAAAUUGUAUAACAUUUAUAUCUCUAAAUAAAUUUAUUCUGAAAGUA